UAUUGUGAAUUCUUGAUAUCGGUCAGUGAAAGUUCAGGUCACGAAGAAUACUAAAGAUGACUUCCUCCGCAUUUUUGAGAUCAUUUAAUAAAAGUAUAAAGUUUUACGCUAGUAAACAACAUGCUUGUUCAUCGAGAAUUAUCCAACUGCAAAGAAGUAGUAGCGUGUCGGCGACAACCAAUGCAUUGUCAGAAAGCAAAUGGAGGGAAACAUUCCAGGAUACACUGCCAAUGAUUGUUGACACUCUUGUCAGUAACAGCAAGUUUGCUGAGGUGCCCGAGGCAGCUAGCUGGGUUAAAAAGAUAUUAGACUACAAUUUAGCAGGAGGCAAAAUGAACCGUGGACUGACAACGGUGAUGGCUUACGAAAUGAUGGAGAAGCCUGAAAACAUCACUGAAGACUCCCUAAGACUCGCACGCAUUUUGGGAUGGUGCGUGGAAAUGAUGCAGUCGUACUUCUUAAUCGCGGAUGACAUAAUGGACGGGGCAUCAACUCGUCGCGGCGUGCCCUGCUGGUAUCGCCUCCCUGAAGUCGGCCUAGGCGCUAUCAAUGACACCAUCCUUCUCUAUACAUGUAUGUUCGAGGUGCUGAGGACUAAACUCGGACAUCUGCCGCAGUAUAUCGCUAUUGUAGAACUUUUUAAUGGGACAGUCUUACAAACUUCAAUAGGUCAGCAUUUAGACUAUACAAUGGCGCAUCGAAACAAAACCGACUACAGUAUGUUCACAAUGGAACGCUACGAGACUAUAGUGAAGCAUAAGACUGCAUACUAUACCUACCAAUUCCCAGUCCGCCUUGGAAUGUUGCUGGCCAACAUCACCGAUGAAGACGUGCUUCGGAAGACAAAUGAAAUCUGUUUAGAUAUUGGGAAGUUCUUUCAAAUGCAAGAUGAUUACAUAGACUGUUACAGUGACGAAUCUAUAUCCGGAAAAGCAGGCACAGAUAUCCAAGAAGGCAAAUGCACUUGGUUGGCCGUCACAGCAUUGCAGCAUUUCGCUCCCGCACAGAGAGCUAUAUUCCAGCAGUUCUACGGCAGUCCAGACCCAGGACAUGUAGGGAAAAUCAAGUGGUUGUAUGAUAUGGUGAAAGUAAACCAUAUAUACGGUGAAGAGGAAAAAGCUCAGUAUGACAGAAUUAUAAGUAAAGCUGAAGCAUUGGGGCGUGAAUCGUCGGUGUCACCAAAACUCUUUUUGAAACUAGUCGACAUGAUUUAUCAUAGGAAGCAAUAGUUAUUUUGUCACGGUCAUCUAGGGAUUAGAGGCCUACCAGUUUCGAAUUUAAUUCUCUUUGGUCCUGAAGUUCAGUAUGGUUGUUAAAAAUAUAUAAUUAUAUAUAACAAUUGACA